AUGGCCAACCAGACUAAAUCAACAGUUGUAGAGUUUGUCCUGCUUGGAUUUCCGGGUCUUGCAGAGAAGUUCUAUCCUGUGGUCUCGAUAACCAUCUUCCUUCUCUACAACCUUUCUCUCUACGCCAAUGGCAUUGUCAUUGUGUUGAUUAGCUUGCACGAACAACUACACCAACCAAUGUAUGUCAUUGUUGGAAACCUAGCCUUCUCUGACUUACUUUUCGACACACUGACCUUGCCAAAAAUCAUUGCCAAGUAUUGGUUUGGGCAUGGAUCCUUGGCCUUUUCUGUUUGUUUUCUUCAAAUGUUCUUUGUACAUUAUCUGUCCACUCUCGAUUCCUUUAUGAUUCUGCUUAUGGCCAUGGAUCGAUAUGUUGCCAUCUGUAAGCCGCUAAGAUACCAUACCAUUGUAAGUAACCGAGUGGUGACAAUCCUGUGCUUAUUGAUCUGGGUCUUUGCUGCCAUUGUUGGCCUAGUUAUUACCACCUUGGGCCUUUGGCUAUCCUACUGUGGCCCCAACAGAAUUAAGAGCUGUUUUUGCUCUCUCACCCCUGUCGCCGUCUUAUCUUGUGCCGAUUCAGCUUCAGCUAGGAGGACUGGGUUCAUCAUUGCCUUGUUUGCCCAUGUUUGCCCGUUGUCCUUUAUUGUCUUCUCGUACAUCAUCAGCCUCUCAAAGUUGAGCUCACUAGGGCGCUCGGAAAAUUGGCAGAAGGCUUUUUACACCUGUACAACUCAUGGCUUUGUCAUUGGCUUGUACUUCAUCCCUCGACUCACUGUCUACACCUACAAUCAGGUCCAGCUGAUCCCCAACGCCGAUCUCAACGUUCUGCUUAUUUGUCUGUACACUUUUGUCCCCCAUUUUGCCAGCCCUAUCAUUUUCUGUCUUCGGACAGAGGAAAUCAAAAGGACUCUGAGAAAUGUGUUGAAACGAACGAUAACCAAGAAAUAUUAA